CCUCUACGGGGACGUCAUGCAGGAGAACUACGAGACGGUCACCUCACUGGGGGGUGCUGGGAUGGUGAAGAAGAAGGAGAAUCCACAGCGGGAAGGUGGUGAGGACGUGGGUCUGCAGGGAAUGGUAUUGGGAAGAUCCGAGGGGAAUUUUUACCAGAAUCAUAAACCAGGAAAAACCUGCGAAAACCAGCGCAGGUCAGAGAGGCUGCUGGGAUACGACCCAGGGAAGAAAACCUGUGAACCCAUAAAUCAUGGUGGAGAUUGCGAGGAUCUCGAGGAAACCACAGCCCAGCAGAGAAUCCCCACAGAAGAGAGAAAAAACACAUGCACUGAGUGUGGGAAAAGCUUUAUGCGCAGAUCACAUCUUAUUUCCCAUCAGAGGAUCCACACUGGAGAGAAACCGUAUAAGUGCCUUGUCUGUGCGAAAGGUUUCAAUCAGACCGCAAACCUUAUUUCACAUCAGAGGAUCCACACAGGGGAAAAACCCUAUAAAUGUCUCGAUUGUGGGAAAGGUUUCAAUCAGGGUUCACAUCUUAUUAGGCAUGAGAGAACCCACACAGGUGAGCAACCUUAUAAAUGUCUUGACUGUGGGAAAGGUUUCAUUCAGAGCUCACAUCUUAUUAGGCAUGAGAGAACCCACACAGGUGAGAAACCCUAUAAAUGCCUGGACUGUGGGAAAAGCUUUGUUCUGAGCUCAGAUCUUAUUUCACAUCAGAGUAGCCACACGGGAGAAAAACCCUAUAAAUGCCUGCACUGUGGGGAGAGUUUUGAUUGGAACAUGCAGCUUGUUAGACAUCAGAAGCACCACACGGGUGAGAAACCCUACAAAUGCCUGGAUUGCGGGAAAGCAUUUAGUGACAGUUCUGCCCUUAUUAUUCAUCAGAGAGUCCACACAGGAGAGAAACCUUAUAAAUGCCUCGACUGUGGGAGAAGAUUCAAUCGGAGCGCGCACCUUACUAGACACAAGAGAACCCACACGGGAGAUAAGCCCUAUAAGUGUCCAGACUGUGGGAAAAGCUUCAAUCAGAGUGCGUACCUCAUUUCACAUCAGAGAACUCACACAGGAGAGAAACCCUAUAAAUGCCUCGAGUGUGGGAAAAGAUUCAGCUGGAGCUCCAAUCUAAUUUCACAUCAAAGGACUCACACAGGAGAGAGACCGUAUAAGUGCCUGGACUGUGGGAAAAGGUUUAUUGACAACUCUGCCCGUAUUAAACAUCACAAAAUCCAUACAGGAGAGAAGCCCUACAAAUGCCUCGACUGUGGGAAGAGUUUCAGUCGGAGAUCAACCCAUGUUCGACAUCAGAGAAUCCACAUGGGAGAGAAACCUUGAAUGUUGGAGACGCUUCAGCUGGGGUCAGCUUGUAUCAGGCAUCAGGAAAUCCAUACAGGGAACAGACCUCGUAAAUAUCUUUAACUUGGAAAAUGUUUCAAGUGGGAUUGACAUUGGAGACGCCACACAGGAGAGAAAUUUUAUCAGUUCCAUCACUAGGACUGGCUUUAGUUUUUUUUUUUUUUUGAAAAUCCAAUUCCCCUGCAGAUGUCUUUGAUUUCAUUCAUGCUAAGUCAAACUCAUGAGGGCUGGAGAUUUAAGUGUCACAGACCUGGUAGAGAAAUUCAAAUGAAUCCCCCACACUGUGUGAUGGUUCUGAGCCUAAAUCCCAGUGUACACAUACUGGUGAAGCAGCUU